AUGUUGGACGGACUAGGGCUGAAGAGACCCUACAGUGAUAGUGGACAAGAACAGAAACAAACCUCACGCCCCAAGCCACGGAGGAGAUCGUCGUCACUAGGAUCGCUGGAAGGUAUCAACAUGGGGCUUGAAGACUGCUUCGGUCGGAGAGAGCAACCAGCGAGGAUCUAUAAAACUAGAAGUUCCGAUGCCGCCGGCCCGUUUAUCGCAAGAGUGGAAAAACAGAGGCAUGAAGGAAUCCAUCAGGAUAUGGUCAGAAAUCGCCCGGCGUUCUCAGAUAUGACUGCCGCUCCCGCCAAACUUCCGGGACCGUUGCCCACCCACGGCUGGUUCCAUCCUUCACAGUUCCUCGGACAGGUCCUCAACGGGCCUUGUGGGAUUGUACCGCCCCUCACUCCUCCAGAAGACAUUGACUCUUUCAAAUGGGAGACUCCGGCACAGACAGACGCUAGUGGAGGUGUUCAGACUGCAUCAAACGUUGACCAAGAGAUACGACUACCAGAACCAUCAAAUAUGGCACGAGACGAAUCAAGCAGAUCAAACUGGCUCGAACGCGUCAGCCAGCAUCUCGUUUCUUCGUUUGGCGACUCAACCAGCCAACACCAGAUUCAAAUGGUUGUUCAAGCGUUACCGUCUCAACCAAGGUCGACGGACACGAUGCCAAUCUACAACAGAGUCGUGGAAGACGUCCAAAACCAUUUCACAUCCCCACCAUAUAUCACAAUCACGCAUGCGUACUCUCAAGCAAUCAGCAUUGACGAAGUUCCAGCCUCACCUCCAGCGACACCAAACACCAACCAUCCGAGUGACGACUACUUCCAGGAUCACACUGUCUUCAUCCAUGCCGCCGCUGUUCCGGCUUACCACUCCCAGACGACGGCGCACAGCACGGUUGGUCCACGUCCAUCGAGUAUUAUCGCGGCUCCCAGCAGUAUACAGAUCUCGAUUCUAGAGCGGUAUAUUCCGCCUACGACGUCCCGGGAAAUAGAGGACUUCUUCACGCUGAGCAGGCGGUCGUAUUUGGCAGACAGACUGCUUGAAUUGUCGUCGAAUGAUGGCUCUUUGCUCCUGGUCUAUCCGACCAAGCAGGGGGGACAAACAUUCGCAAACCGAUACGUCGGACCGGUCAUCGAACCUUUUCUGCGACAGUUUAUUCUUUUGAACAACCUUUACACCGAUAUUGCGAUCCAAUUAGGCAGAAUGGCAGCGGUCUCUAGUAUGAAGAGCUUCGAGGAGAUGCAAACCCUCCUAGCGGCGAUGUGCGAGGCACUCGGUCAGCGAGCGCCUUCCCGAGGGCUACCGAGUCGAUACCAGAUAGUCCACGCUGAAACGGCCGAGGUGGUACUAGACCGCGCCCUGUGGAGAGAGUGGUACAUUGAACAAGAGCAGCCCCGCCUACGACAGAACUUGGUGGACUAUCACAAGGGGGGUGGUCGUAUGCCAGCUAGAAGUGGACGGAUUGAAGUGACGCCUGGUAUGCUCGCAAGAGAAGUCGUCGAUGGGAUCCGACAAAGUCGGGAAAACGCGGGCAAUGUUGGUGUGGAGGUUGCCGUGUUUGUCGUUCGACGCACGACCGUUGUGUAA